UGCGUGUGUAUGUGUGUGUGUGUGUGUGUGUGUGUCGUGUGUGCGCGCGCGCGCGCACGCGCUUGUGUGAAUGUGCGAAUAAGUAGAGAAUGAUAGAGAAAGAAGAUGCGCGUGGAAGAGAAAGAAAGAGAAUGGAAACGAAAAAAAGAGUGCCGUCGACCUUCGCUUUUAUAAAAAUGGAGCGACGAGGGCUGACGCUGGCAAGGGAGCGGAUGAGUGCGCGCACGCGCUUUAUACCAAUUACAUACAGGCUAUCUCCUCUCGAACGAGCUUGAAUUCUCUCUCGAAGCAUCUCGCCAUUCUCGCCGCGGCAAGGAAUUUCGUCGCAGCGUUACCCGGGUAACGCCCCCUCGAGCACAGUGCCGUCCCCGUCGGCACGUACAUUCAUAUAUUGUACAAUUGUCGUCCGUCAUUUCUCGGAGCCCGCGCAAGGACUUCCACAUAUACAGUGCUGUAUGGCACCGUUCGUGCGCUUUGACCGAGUCGCGUUAAAAAAAAAAAAAAAAAACCAAAAAAGAAAAAAGUGACACUGUGUCCCGCUAAAACAAAGGGACAAACAUCAAUAGAGAAGAAAGUCAAGGUAAAGAAAGUCGCGUCGCGAGUGAUCACGAACGGGAACGAAUCGACUGACGAUGUGCCCUGCCUUCUGUCGUAGUCAUGAAACGAAAGAAGGCGACGCCUAUCCGGCCUACCGCGAAGAUGACACUCGUGAUUCGUUCGUGAUUCGUUUACGUGAUACGGGUCAAGUUCGAUCGACCAUCGGGCGGUUAAACGAAAUGUUGAUUAUGCGGGUAAAUCAAAGCAUGUGGCGUGCUACAUCCGUCGUCGUUGCCGUCAAGUGCCGUCGCGUGAUGGAGCGCGUUAUGACUACGACGGAACGCGAUGCGUUCGUACGUUCUCGGUACGCGACAUCGCAAUCGUUUAUAUUGCGACGGUUUCCGCGGUUCAUGACCCCGGGGGGUCAUUGGCGGAUUCGUAACCACGUUCGUAAUCGCGCCGAUCGCGCGCGCGCGCGCGCGCGCACGAUAAUCUCGAGUUCUCCGGAGAACUUUGACGCGCGUCGCGCGUCACGCGUGCGUUUGAUUCGCGGCACGCAUGGAUCUCUCAUUGGACAUACGCGGUGAGUGAACCGAUGUUAAAGACAUCGCAUAUCGGCGAUCUUGUUGUACGCUUUGCAACGAAGAUGUAUCACGUACAUACAUGUAUUUGUGGACUGUCGCAAAAAAUAUCGGAGAUUCACGUGAGAAAAAAUCCCCCAAAAGAAUGCACUUUGCUAUCUUUAACGUCUUUUGACCUUAAUGACGUCUCAAUCAGAUUUGUGACAUAUAGAAUUUUUCACUUAGGCCAGUCGAUUCUAAGGACGAGUGCUUCUGAGACUUCCUAUGGUCUUUUGGCACGUUUGCAGCAGUUUCGAGCAUUAUCCUUAUUGCCUAUGGAGGAUUAAUAUUAUUAUAUUGUACUGGUGUGCCUGGUUUGACUAAAUAUUUUUCUGCUCUAUCUUUGUCUUCCAUCUUGUACUGUAAGAGAUGUCAUCUCGAGAUUAUGAUAGAAGAAGAGGCACUAGCAGCAACAAUUCAAGUAGAUUGCGAAUGGACACGAGCGUGUCGCAAUCUAGACCACAUGGCGAGAGUUCUAGUAAGCGAAAAGAGAUAGAUAGCGUAAUGCGAAAAGCGCGCGAAUCACAAUCGAGUUAUUGGAACAAGAAGCUAUUGGAAGCAGAGGAACGAGAUCCAAAUAGGUGGCGUCACAGUGGAUACAAGGAAUUAUAUGUUGGUAGUAGCAGUGAACCUAGCAGAGGACAUCCCAAGAGUCCGAGAAGUCCAAGAUCCCGUAGCCCUCACAGUCCACGACCACGCAGUCCUCGAACGAGAAGUCCACGAUCACCGCGUGAACGUUCUUCUCGUGAACGCAAUAAAAAUAGACAGACUGCUCGUAGCUCUAGCACAGGCAGUACAUGUUCUGACAGAUCAUGUUCUGUUUGUUCACCGAAAGAACGACGACGCGUCGCGCCGUUAUCUCGUUCGCAUUCGAGAUCAGUUAGUCCGAUACGAACUAGGACACAUCCCAAAGAAGUAAUCGCAUCGAGUUCACGGACCUUACAGCCGCGCACGAGACCACGCUCGCCGCCCUUGCCGCGACCACGUACACCACCACCGGCACCGCAACCGCCACUGCGUCAUCAGAAGGAUUACAAAAACAUCAAAGAGAAAGAAGCUAAGGUUCGCCGUAAAGAGAAACAUCAUAAUAGAUUGCCAGAAGAUCCACGAGUACCAGAUCCUAUUUCAUUGAUACGUAAACCAGUAAAAAUAGAAAAAACACAUGGUACGAGUCAUGGAGCAUCACAAGUAAUACGGCCUCCACCAGAAUCUUCACCUAGCGAUGAUAGCGAUAGUUCCUCGACUACAUCUCAUGUAGGACCACCAAAAAUGACAUUAUCCGAAAGAUUUGGUAAAAUGGCGCAGUGGAGUGUAGAUCGUAGAGACAUGGAAAAUAUGCGUAUCACGAAAGAUGGAGAGAAUGCGAUGAAGGUCGUUAUAGAAGGCGAGGAGAGAAUUGCGCGUUUAGGUUACGACUCGCCACCUCCUGGUCAUUAUCCUGAAUCACUUUUAGCACAAGGCCCAAGAGGUUUCGAAUGCUGGGAUGAUGUUCGCGUACGAUAUGAUUAUUACAAAGCAAGGGGAUAUCUUCGUGAUCUCACUCUCGAUGAUUAUAUCAAAUGGGAAGAAUGGUGGUACAAGUAUCAAGAAUGGCUAGAAGCUGAACGUUUCUAUGAGCAGUGGGCCUCGUCAAAUCGUUCGUCCGGCAGUAGUCGCAAGAGACGAGGACGACGCAAUAAUGUUACUCACUAAGGUAUAAGUCUCUGUUAUGAUUUACACUCGAUUUAUUGACAAAAUAUGCAGUGAUAUCUGUAAGCUUAGAGUACACAAAAAAAAUAUAUAUAUAUAUAUAUAUAUGUAUGUAUAAGCUAUAUAUCGUAAUAAAAAGGAUGAUUAUGCAAAACAUCAUAUGAUUUGAAAGAUGUAGUUUAUAAUUUUAGAGAUUGUGUAUUAUGUUUUAU